AAUUACACAUCAAACAGCCUGAAAUUCAAUGUCCUAGGUUUUUCUUCCUGGUUCUUGACUAUCACUGUCUAAGUAUUUGCUUUUAUCUUGCUAUUUACCUGGAUAAUCACACAGUUGUGGCUACAGACUCAUCUUCCUUACUUCAUAUCAUGUCGGAUCCUGAAGGAAUCACAGUCGAACAAGCCAUCCUCGAGGAUAUCUCCGAUGGCGAUCCAGAAUUACCGGACCAAAUGUUCAAAGUUGCUCAUCGCUACUUCAUUCGAUACAGAAGAGUCGGAUUGAUGCCCGAUCUUGACAAGGCUAUUAACAUGGCAACCGAAGCUAUUCAUCUCACACCUGAGGAUCACCCACAGCGAACACAACGCCUGAUUAACCUGUCUAUCUACUGGCAUGAUAAAUACCCAAGAAGAGAUCCACAUAAUGUUCAAGGGCUUCAAGAUUCCAUCAGCGCAUCGCGAAAUGCAAUCGCUGCUCUUUCUGAUACUUAUCCACACCGAGGAACACUUCUCGAUCAGCUAUCCACAAAACUGGGCUUACUCUUCAUGCAGACACGAGAGCUCAGCGUCAUCGAGGAAAACAUUGCGAUCCAACGGGAAGCCGUCGCCGUGACACCAACCAGCAAUCCGAAGCAUGUCGUCUUUCUAGCCAACCUGGCUGCUCCACUCACAGCACGACACCAAGCUCUUGGAAGAAAGGAAGACCUUGAUGAAGCCAUUCAAAUCUGUCGCGAUGUCGUCGCACGAACGGAUGAAGACUCGCCGCAACUUCUCGAGAGACUCGGCAACCUGUCGCUAGGACUAAGUGAGAGAUAUGAAAUACAUGGAGACCAAACCGAUCUCGAGGAAGCGAUCGACAUUGUGAAGCAAGCUAUUAAUGUAACGGAAGAAAAUAGCUUGGAGCGCAUGGCUCAGCUCAGCAAUUAUGCGAAAUUCUUGAGUGAUCAGUACCUCAGGACAGGAAAUAUGGCCGAUCUUGAAGAGUCUAUUGGCGCAUUUCAGCAGGUUUGUGAUCGUGUACAGAAUGAGGAUGUGUAUAUCGACAGACACAGAUGUCUCAGCAACUUUGGCAUCCAACUUAGUCGGAGAUACAGAAGAAUUGGAACCGUGGCUGAUUUAAAGAAAGCGAUACAAGUCAGCCGAAAGGCUUGCGAACUGAGCCCUGACGAUGAUACCAAAUCAAAGCACCUUUCCAACUUAGCAAUCAUCUUAAAGCACGAAUACUUCAGAAUAGAUGACCCUGUCAAUCUUGAGGAAGCUAUCAGUGUGCAGAGAAAAGCUGUGCGGGCCGCCCAUAGGAACCACCCCGAUAUUUUUACCACGCUUCAUAACCUUGCGGCUCUUCUCACUACGAAGUACAAAAAUACGCAAAAGUUGGAAGACCUUGCGGAGGCGUUGAGGCUUGGGCAACAGGCUGUCGACUUGACACCGGGCGGUCACGCGAACAGAGCUGCUUGUCUAAACACCCUGGCAGUGCAAUUGAGUGACAUGUCCAAGAGAACGGGAUUGUCAAGCGACUUGCAUGAAUCUAUUCGUUAUGGGAGAGAAGCACUGGAUGCCACAGAAGAAGGCCACCCUGAACGUAGUAACAGGCUGGCCAACCAAGGUGGUCGAUAUGGUGAUCUGUUCUGGAAGACGAAAGGACAAGAGCACCUCAAAGCUGCCAUUACACACCUUGAGUCUGCUUUAUUUAGCUCCAGCGCUUACGAUGUCCCUCGUAUUCGCGCAGGAAAGGAACUCAUUCAGUAUUAUGCGGCAGUACCUGACUGGGAUAAGGCUUAUGAAGCUGUCAAGACAGCGAUGAAGCUUGUUCCUAAUCUCAUUGCACAGACCUCGAACAAUGCUGAUAAGCAAGAUUCCCUGGUCCAAGUCUAUGGUUUAUCAUCUGAUGCUGCAGCUGUUGCGCUCUUGGCGAAUAAAGGAGCACUUGCUGCCUUGAGGUUUCUUGAACAAGGCCGAGGAAUGAUGGCAUCCUCAGUUGAAGAGUCACGGAUCGAAACCUACCAUCUUCGGACUGAACACCCUGAGCUUGCUGAACGUUUCACCCAGCUCCGGGUUCAAAUCAAUUCCUUGAGAGCUGUAGCAGAGUCGGGUGAUCUGAUCCACGGGGCUACGUCCUCAGCCCGGCAUUCCAAAAUGGGCCAUGAACUCGAGGAGCUUGACAAGCUACUUGACGACAUCCGUCAAAAGCCUGGAUUCGAAGACUUCCUCACUGCGCCAAGCGAGUCUAACAUCAAGAGUGCUGCCCUUAACGGACCAAUUAUCAUCAUCAACGUAAGCGAAUUCCGUCGUGACGCAAUUCUCGUGGAGCGGGAUCAGAUUCGAAGCAUUCCUUUGCCAAGGCUUACGAUCAAGGAUAUAAGGUUCAAUACCCAACAACCCCACACUUCAAGUCCGAAGAUACUAGAAUGGCUAUGGGAUACUAUUGCUGAACCUGUUCUUAAUGCGCUGAGAAUCGGUGAGGCUUCUGCUGGAGAACGCUUGCCACGGAUUUGGUGGAUUCCAACUGGUGUAUUGAGCAUAUACCCCCUCCAUGCAGCUGGCCGACACUACAAAGGAUCGGCGGAGACCGUGAUGGAUAGAGCAAUUUCAUCAUAUAGCUCAUCUAUAAGAGCGGUCAUCCGGAGUCGGGGUCGUGCAGGUUUGGGCCCCAUUCCAUCAGAUACCGAGCGGGCUGUGCUCGUGUCUAUGAAGCGAACGCCGGGAUAUAGCACACUCCCUUCAGCAGGCAAAGAAGUCAGCCUGUUGCAUCACAUCUGUACGUCCAAAGGAUUUGAUGUUGUCGAGCCGAAGUCUCUCAAGGACGAUGUUGUUUCGCAGCUCCCCAAAUGCAAGGUCUUCCACUUCGCUGGUCACGGCAGCACCAACGGGCGUGAUCCCUCUCAAAGCAGCCUUCUACUAGAAGAUUGGCAGAAGGAUCCUCUCACAGUGUCAACCCUGCUGGACAUCAACAUUCAGCAAUACUCGCCAUUCCUCGCCUACCUCUCGGCAUGCGGUACGGGACAGAUUGCACACGAGAAGUUCCUCGAUGAGGGUAUUCAUCUUAUUAGUGCCUUUCAGCUUGCUGGAUUUCGUCACGUCAUCGGUACUCUUUGGGAGGUUGGCGACGAUAUUAGUGUUCAUAUGGCAAGGGUUACCUACGAAGGUAUUCAGCGAGGUGAUUCGGCAGAUGAGUCGGUUUGUCAGGGCUUACAUAGGGCGACAUUGGAGAUGCGAGAUCAAUGGUUCAGAGAACAGAGUCAGACUCGGGGACGGAAAAGGAAGGCAAAGUGCAUUCUGCAAGAUGAAGGAGUAGGAAUGACGGGUUCCCGUGAUAUUGAAGCCUUGGAUGAUGAGGACGAGGUUGCUAAAUUGCCACAAUGGGCUCCUUAUGUUCACUUCGGAGUAUAGAACGGGUAGCUUACUGUCACUCAAUAGAAUGGUGGUCUGGGUCAGCUUUCCCCAAGAUAUGCACGAACCUAUUGUACGUUUAUCGUAUUCAUCAACUAAAACUGUAUAUCAUAUCGAAACAGUAACAGGAAAAGAUAGAUAAAACUAGUAUAAGUACAGCUUGAACAGAAGGAGACUGUUUUUCAUGACAAUGUCUAAUGCCUAAGCAUUUACUUCCUGUUUACUCCAAAGAAUGGAGAAUUUAGGAUGUAGCAGCAAGACCCUGAGGUUUGACAUAGAAGAAGUGACUUCCAUCCUCGCGGUGCACCUGAGUGAGAAGGGACAUGAUCCUUCCAGGGACGCCAGCAGACGGGUGAGUGAUCAUGUAGUAGUUGUUAUUGGCCUUUCUGGCA